AAGAGACAAAGUUAGAAGAAUCACGUAAUGGAUAUUCCUCACCUGUAUGGUUGCAAAGAAAGCUGAGAAAAGAAAUACUCCGUACAGUAUUUUAUAUAUUUAUCAAGUUUCAAGAUUUUUGAAAAGCGUUGUUUAAGUGUUGGUCAUUAGUAACUUUAAUUUGUAGGUUAAGAUUGAGCACUGGGUUUGUUGGUUGAAUGAUAGAUAGAAGAUGGGUUCGAACUCGAAUCGGAUCUGUGCUGGUUUGGUCUAUCUUCUUUUUUGUCUAAUUUUGGAUAAUGGUAUCGAUAUAGAGUUGUGUGAUGGUGGUGUAACUAGUAGUUUUGCUAGAAAGAAUGACAUAAGUGCUGAUAUGCCAAUAGACAGUGAUGUGUUUAAAGUUCCUCCUGGGUAUAAUGCACCCCAACAGGUUCAUAUAACACAAGGGGAUUAUGAGGGAAACAGUGUGAUUGUCUCUUGGAUCACUCCAGAUGAACCUGGUUCAAAUACAGUCCUAUACUGGGUUGAGAAUAGCAAGCUCAAGAAUAGUGCCGAUGGCGUCGUCCUUACCUACAAAUACUUCAAUUACACUUCUGGUUACAUUCAUCACUGCACCAUCAAGAAUUUGGAGUUUGAUACCAAAUACUACUAUGAGGUCGGGAUUGGGAACACCAGGCGACAUUUUUGGUUUGUAACUCCUCCGAAAGUUGGUCCGGAUGCUUCUUAUACUUUUGGUCUCAUAGGGGAUCUUGGUCAAACUUAUGAUUCAAAUAGAACAUUAACCCAUUAUGAGUUGAACCCAGCAAAAGGGCAGACAUUGUUGUUCGUUGGGGACCUAUCUUAUGCAGAUGCUUAUCCAUUCCAUGACAAUACAAGGUGGGAUACAUGGGGGAGGUUUGUAGAAAGAAAUGCUGCUUAUCAACCUUGGAUUUGGACUGCAGGGAAUCAUGAAAUUGAUUUCACUCCUGAAUAUGGUGAACCUAAACCAUUCAAGCCAUAUACACACCGCUAUUUUGUGCCAUACAGAGCAUCUGAUAGCACAUCUCCUCUUUGGUACUCAAUUAAGAGAGCUUCAGCACACAUUAUUGUCAUGUCUUCUUAUUCAGCCUUUGGCAAAUACACUCCUCAGUACAAAUGGUUAAUAAAGGAGCUACCUAAAGUGAACAGGAGUGAAACACCAUGGCUCAUUAUUUUAAUGCAUUCUCCACUCUAUAGUAGUUAUGUACAUCAUUACAUGGAAGGGGAAACCAUGAGAGUGAUGUAUGAGCCAUGGUUUGUGGAGUACAAAGUCGACAUUGUCUUUGCUGGCCAUGUUCAUGCUUAUGAACGAUCAGAACGUGUAUCUAAUAUUGCAUACAACAUUGUAAAUGGGUUGUGCACUCCCAUUAGUGACCGUUCAGCCCCUGUUUACAUAACAAUUGGAGAUGGAGGAAAUCAAGAGGGAUUGACAACAGAAAUGACAGAGCCACAGCCACCCUACUCGGCAUAUCGUGAAGCAAGCUUUGGUCAUGGAAUUUUUGACAUCAAGAACCGAACUCAUGCCUAUUUCAGUUGGCAUCGCAAUCAAGAUGGAUACGCUGUCGAAGGUGACUCUUUAUGGCUUCACAACAGAUACUGGAAAUCGUGGGAGGAAUCCAGUUUAGCUACAUUAUGAUAAUAGAAUUAUUUUAUGCUCUGCACUCUCUAGGUCUAGAAAAACUAAAAAGUAAGUGUGUGACACAUCUUAGCAUUCAUUGUUUAUUAGACGAUUUGCUAUUUAAGUUCAUAAUAUAAUUUACUAAAGAUUUCCACAAAUAUGUUGUUCAUGAUAGUUAGUUGCGUGAAACUGGUUAGUCAUUAGCUCAAUUUUAAGAUACUCAUUUAGAAAAACUCAAAAGUAAGUGUAUGACACAUCUUCAGGGUCGUUUUGAGUAUUGCACAAAUUCCAUUUCAUCAACAUUAAUGGUUUAUUAUUUUAUUAAAAUACAUGAACUUCACUGGUGCAUUGAAUCUAAA